AUGCUUUCCAGAGCGACGCGUACUGCAGCUGCCAAAUCCUUAGUAAAAUCUAAAGUGGCUAGAAAUGUUAUGGCUGCUUCUUUCGUCAAGAGACAUGCUUCUACAAGUUUGUUCAAACAAGCUAACAAGGUCGAAUCCUUAGGUUCAAUAUAUUUAUCCGGCAAGAAAAUUUCAGUUGCGGCGAAUCCGUUCUCCAUAACUAGCAAUCGUUUUAAAUCUACCUCUAUUGAAGUUCCUCCGAUGGCAGAGUCCCUGACUGAAGGCUCUUUAAAGGAAUAUACUAAAAACGUUGGUGAUUUUAUUAAGGAGGACGAGCUGUUGGCCACUAUUGAGACCGAUAAAAUUGAUAUUGAGGUCAAUUCGCCAGUAUCAGGUACUGUUACGAAGCUAAAUUUCAAACCAGAGGACACUGUCACUGUUGGUGAGGAGUUAGCUCAGGUCGAGCCUGGUGAAGCACCUGCUGAGGGUUCUGGAGAAUCUAAGCCAGAGCCUACCGAACAAGCGGAGCCAUCGCAAGGUGUCGCCGCAAGGGAAAACUCAAGUGAGGAAACGGCUUCAAAGAAAGAAGCUGCUCCAAAGAAAGAAGCCGCUCCAAAGAAAGAAGUUACAGAACCAAAAAAGGCUGAUCAACCAAAGAAGACCGUCUCUAAGGCGCAGGAACCCCCAGUAGCCUCUAACUCUUUCACACCAUUUCCACGUACAGAAACCAGGGUCAAAAUGAACCGUAUGAGAUUGAGGAUUGCCGAAAGAUUAAAAGAGUCUCAAAACACUGCUGCUUCCUUAACCACAUUCAACGAAGUUGACAUGUCAGCUUUGAUGGAAAUGAGGAAACUGUAUAAAGAUGAGAUUAUUAAGAAGACCGGUACUAAAUUCGGAUUCAUGGGUCUUUUCUCCAAAGCAUGUACCUUGGCCGCCAAGGAUAUUCCAGCCGUCAAUGGUGCCAUUGAAGGUGACCAGAUUGUUUAUCGUGAUUACACAGAUAUUUCUGUUGCUGUGGCCACUCCAAAGGGUUUGGUUACCCCCGUCGUUCGUAAUGCAGAGUCAUUGAGUGUUUUAGAUAUUGAGAACGAAAUUGUUCGCUUGAGUCAUAAAGCGCGUGAUGGCAAAUUAACCCUAGAAGAUAUGACGGGUGGUACUUUCACCAUAUCUAAUGGUGGUGUUUUUGGUUCAUUAUACGGUACUCCUAUCAUCAAUUCACCACAAACAGCCGUCCUAGGCUUGCAUGGUGUCAAAGAGAGACCUGUCACUGUUAAUGGACAAAUUGUCUCAAGACCAAUGAUGUACUUGGCUUUGACUUAUGAUCAUAGAUUGCUAGAUGGUAGAGAAGCUGUUACCUUCUUGAAGACUGUUAAAGAGUUGAUUGAAGACCCUAGAAAAAUGUUGUUAUGGUGA